AUGAGCGUCGUCGUCGCCAACGCGGGCUGCGGCGGCGCGAGGAUGCCCUUCCGCGCGGGGCGUGUCGACGCCAGCACCGCCGGCCCCGCGGGCGUGCCGGAGCCGCAGACGCCGCUCAACACGACGAUGGCGACGUUUGCGAAAGCCGGCUUCGGCCAGAGCGAGAUGAUUUCGCUCGUGGCGUGCGGGCAUACCCUCGGCGGCGUGCACAGCCGGAAUAACCCGCACAUCACGGGGCUCGACCCGAGCCCGGACACGGUGACCAAGUUCGACAGCACGUUUGACGACUUUGACAACCGGAUCGCGACCGAGUACGUGCGGGGCAACACGUCGAACCCGUUGGUCGUCGGGCGCAACGAGACGCUCAACUCGGACAAGCACAUCUUCUCGUCGGACGGGAACAAGACGAUCAGGGACCUGGGGUGUACCAAGAACGGGUUCAGGACGGCGUGCGCCGACGUCUUUACGCGCAUGAUUGAUACCGUGCCCGCGACGGUGCAGUUGACGGAGCCCGUGGAGCCCGUCGAUAUCAAGCCCUACGUCACGCUGGCGCUGAGCGGCAACGGGAGCCUUGCGUUUAGCGGCUGGGUGCGGGUGAGGACGACGGACGGGACGGGGCGGGACACGGGCGAUUUGGCCGUCCAUCUGAGCUUCGCGGAUCGAGGGGGCGAGGGUUCCGUUAUUGUGCCCGCGACGCUCGACGGAGGCGGCGUCACGUACGGCCUCUGGGGCGAGACGUUCGCCUGGUAUCAGUUCGAGACGGCCAUCAGUGCAGCGAGUGGUAUAAGUAGCUUUCUUGUCCACCUGACGACGCCCUCGAGCAACGCCACAUCCGUGUACAAGAACAACGGCAGCGGGUUCCCGCUGGACGACGCGCUGCUCUACCAGGCAGCCUCCUCUUGCGUCAACCGGACGAGCGUGAACAACGAACGCACAUUCACCGUCACGGCCGCGGUGCUGAAGGAGCGCGCGGGAGAUGCCGUUACGAUGGACGUUGUGCGUCUCGUGCGGCGUUCCGAGGCGAUCCACCGGAGGCUCGACGUCGAGAGCGUCGAGCUCGCGGCCACGGGCGAGGAGGAUAGCGGGUAUGCGCUCUUCCAGGCGCAGGUGCAGCUUGCGACGAGCGGCUGGAGCACCAGCUUCGAUCUUGUUUUGGGAGGGGAGAAGGAGGUUCGGGUGGACUUUUUGAAGACGCAAGCUUGUCCGCGUGUAUGA